AUGCAGCGUAGUUCUUCUGAUAUGAUGAAGACUACUAUGUGUAUAGUUGCUGGAGGAGUUGGAGUUCUUUUUUCUUCCCUUGUCUAUCGGCGUUGGAGAAGUUCUCUUUCAUCCAAGAAAGGAGAAGCCUCUCUAGAGCAACAUUCUAAUCAUAAACAUCAUAAUCCGCAAGAGGACGAAACGAAUGAAUCUCAAGAUGUGAAAAUAAAUGAAAAGACCACACGUGCUGUUCCCGUUGAGGUGAUUGCCAGUGAACUCCCUGUGGGUUGGCGGGCUCCACCGGUGGUAUUUCAGCCACCCAUGCUGGCUGUGUUGCCUCUCACUCCCCCCGCCGCUGGGGAUUGUUUUAUUAUCUGCGAAGGUCCACUCCCGCGGGUGGAGAAUAGUGAUUCCUUCUUUUUGCGAUAUCUGCAGAGUCAGAGACUUUUUAAUAUUGUAGCCGCGAAGGGCGAGUCGGUGGUUCCACUGGAAAAGAUGGGACUCUCACAUACAUCCGGGUGCUUUACGCAUAUUAUCGUGAAUCCAGAUGAGGAGAUGAGUAUCGUACUUGGAUGUAAUGGUCCUUAUGUUCACUCACUAGUUAUAACAGGAUUAAAACUUAUUUCUGAGGAUAAAGAGAAGAAAAAAAAUACAUCCGAAAAUAUCUUAAAACUAUCGGAUCUUCAAAUACUACUUAACGCAUGUCGUCUUGUUCCUCUUGUGGAUGAAUUCCGUUUCCCUGAUACUCCUGUGGGUGUACGAGAAGGACGUUUGCGUGUGACUUGCAGUAAUAGUAAUUAUAUUGCUGUGUUCGCCGUACCAACCACCAUUUCUGUAAAGAGUGUUGUGAGUGAGAGCAGCAAAAAUAAUAAAAAUGAUGAAUCUCUUUUUGUACUUGAGGGAGACGUAUUACCAGGAGGAAAAAUUACUAUUGAUGCUACUAUAAUAGAUUCUCUUGUAAAGGGUGAUACAAUAGAUACAUUAUUCCCAAAUAAAGAUUCUGGAUAUUCCCCUGUUUCAUCAUUUUUGACACUUGUUUCCGUACAAGAGCUGGUACGUCGAUCCCCUAAAGAUGAUACCAAUAUUAUGAAUACUAUUAAUACUACAAAUUCCUCUACUUCUCAAGUCCAACUUUCUACAAAGAAGGAAGAAGAGGAAGAAGAUCGUGUGAAUGUCGCAUUUUCUCACUUACAACUUGGAGUUAGUUUCUCUGUAAAUCCACAUAGCGGUAUCGUUCACGAACCGGUCCUCACAGAUGAUCUUCUUGCGCUUUACUAUCCCUUGGGUGAUGGAGAAACUUCUUCUUUUUCUUCAGAGAAAAAAACAACAACCGAGAAUGUUGUUGUUGAUGUGCCACCCUGCGCUGUCAUUAGACGUUUGACACAAAUUCCACCAACAUGGGAAAAAUAUCUUUCCACUGAUGAUGAACUAAAACAUAAUGUUCUUUUUCAUUUUACCGAUUGGGUUAAUGAACGGGUUUCAUCUUCAAUUUGUGAACUUAAUGGUAUCCGAUGUGUGCAAAUGAAUGAAGAGAAAGAAGGUCACAGUUGCCGUUCGUAUAUUAUCCCAUUUGCACAUGGAAUUUUGGUCAUUCGAUGGGAAACUAAAAGCAGUGAAUGGGAGCUGCAUCUCCCGCACCUGCAAAAAAUUCUGGAUACUCUGCAUCUCAUUGAUCCAACCGUUUGA